GACUAGGCAGGCUCAAUUGUACCGUAACACCAACCUCCAUCUUCGACCCGCCCAGCAUUCGCGAUUUAGACUCUACCCAUCCGAUCCCAAAAGUCUGAACAAUCGCUACCCUUGCAACCUCUACGAUGCCCUAGAGAAGCCGAUGGAGCCUACAUAUCGCCAGCCCUCAAAAUGCCUACAGCUAUGAACGCUGGGUCUUUCAGCCCCAAAGCCUCAUCAUCGUGGCACCCAACAAACGACCACGACCACGCCGCCGAAGCCUACCACGAAGCCGACGAAGCCGACAUCCUUGCGCCCCCCGCCGACACACACCAUGGCGCCGAGGACGACAGCGACAUCCUCGGCGACGACCCCUUGCGCGACAACCUCGACCGGCCCUUCUCGUUCAAGCGCAAGCUGAAGCAGAGCAUCCUGUCCCAGCCCUCCCGGCUGUUCACGGCCCUGACAGGCCGGAGGAGUCCCGACGCGGACUCGCCGCGGCCGGACACGCCGCCGUCAGACAGAAUGUGGUCCGACGACGCCGGGCUGGGACGAGGCGGGAAUCUCAACGCGGGCUUCAAGGACGGCGUCCCGCUCGACUGGUACGCUGAGGGCCCGGGGAGGCGCGUCGGGUACGAGGACCUGACAGCCAUCGACUGGAUCUUCGAAUACACCAAAGAGAGGCAGCGGCUGCGGAUGCUCUACUCGGGCGCGACGGGCAUCCUGGGAUACGUCCGGCAGCUCCUGGAUGCCAGCCAGGUGUGGGUCAUCCUGGUGUUGACCGGCCUCUCCGUCGGCGCCGUGGCGGCGGGGAUCGACGUGACCACUAAUUGGCUCGGGGAUAUGAAGGCUGGAUAUUGCACAAACGCCGAUGGGGGGGCCUUCUACCUGAACAAGGGCUUUUGCUGCCUCGGCUAUGAUGACUUCUCCCAGUGUGUCAGGUGGCGGUCCUGGGGUACGGCUAUGGGCCUGAAGUCGGCGGGGGGGAAGUGGUUUAUGGAGUACUUUUUCUUCUCGCUGUUUUCGGUCACGUUUGCGCUCUGCGCGAGUAUUCUGGUCAAGGAGUAUGCGAUAUACGCCAGGCAUAGCGGCAUACCCGAGAUCAAGACAGUCUUGGGAGGUUUCGUUAUCCGGAGGUUUCUGGGUGCGUGGACAUUGGUUACGAAGUCUCUUGGUCUGUGUCUCGCCGUUGCCUCGGGCAUGUGGUUGGGUAAGGAGGGCCCUCUAGUCCAUGUGGCCUGCUGCUGUGCGAAUUUGUUCAUCAAGUUCUUCCCUAGCAUCAGGAGCAAUGAAGCCCGAAAACGAGAGAUACUCUCCGCGGCGGCAGCCGCAGGCAUUUCAGUUGCCUUCGGCUCGCCGAUCGGUGGUGUAUUGUUCAGUCUCGAGCAAUUGUCGUAUUACUUCCCCGACAAGACAAUGUGGCAGAGCUUCGUCUGUGCCAUGACAGCCGGGUUCCUGUUACAGGUCCUCGACCCAUACAGAUCUGGCAAGCUUGUGCUGUACCAAGUAAAGUACAGCUCGGGGUGGCACGGGUUUGAGCUCAUCCCAUUUGUCCUGCUCGGAAUCCUAGGGGGCGUGUAUGGGGGCCUCUUCAUCAAGGCGAACAUGAAGGUCGCGCAGUGGAAGAAGUCGACAUCGUGGCUACCAGGCCCCGUGACGCAGGUCGUCGUCGUCGCAUUGAUCACGGCGCUGAUCAACUAUCCCGACCGCUAUAUGCGGGCCCAGUCCUCGGAGUUGGUAUACUCGCUCUUCGCCGAGUGCUCGGAAGACCUGCAGGAUCAGUUCCGGCUUUGCACCUCCGGCGUGGCCAUAGCAGGCGCCGUCAUUCUACUCAUCUUUGCGGCCGUCCUCGGCUUCUUCCUUGCCGCCGUAACCUUCGGGCUCCUGAUCCCCGCGGGCAUCAUCCUCCCGUCCAUGGCCAUCGGGGCCCUUUCCGGGCGGGCCGUCGGGAUCAUCAUGGAGACGUGGGUCGACAACAACCGCACCUUCCUCCCCUUCCAGUCCUGCGAGCCCGACAUACCCUGCGUCACCCCGGGGACCUACGCCAUCAUCGGCGCGGCCGCGGCCGUUGCGGGGGUGACCCGCAUGACCGUCUCCAUCGUGGUCAUCAUGUUCGAGCUGACGGGCGCCCUGGACUACCUCCUACCCAUCAUGAUCGCCGUCAUGAUCAGCAAGUGGGUCGGCGACGCCUUCUCCAGGCGGGGCAUCUACGAGUCGUGGAUCCACUUCAACGAGUACCCCUUCCUGGACAACUCGGAGGAGACGGUGAUCCCCCACAUCCCCGCCGCGCAAGUCAUGACCCGCAUUGAGGACCUGGUCGUGCUCACGGCGACGGGCCACACCAUCGGCAGCCUCUCGGCCGUGCUCGAGGACCACCCGUACCGCGGCUUCCCCGUCGUGUCGGACCCGCGCGACGCCGUCCUGCUCGGCUACAUCAGCCGGGCCGAGCUGGCCUACAACCUGCACACGAGCACGCAGGCCCCGCGCCGCCUGCCGCCCGAGACCGAGGCCUUCUUCUCCCACCAGCCCCUCGCCGACCCGCGCUCCACCCUCGACCUGCGCCCCUGGAUGGACCAGACCCCCAUCACCCUGCCUAGCCGCUCCAGCCUGCACCGCGCCGUGUCCUACUUCCAGAAGCUGGGCCUCCGCUACGUGCUCUUCUCCGACCGCGGCGCCCUCCAGGGCCUCCUCACCAAGAAGGACGUCUGGUACGUCCUCAACGGCGCCGACGAGUCGCGCCGCCCCGGCCCGGCCCCGUCCGAUGGCGCCGGCGCCGGCGCGCGGGGAGACUCCGAUCACGAUCACGACCACAUAGACGUGGGCUCGGGGUCGGAGCCUGGUGAUGAUGAUGAUGGGGGCGGCGGUGGGGGGGGAGGCCGGAGGAGGACCUUCUCGAGAGGGGGUGGUGAUGACCAUGAUGGCGGGGAGCCGAGUCCCGGGUCGGAUGCGCCGAGUCUUUUGUGAUGGUACCGUUUCCGUGUAGAUGGGAAGGGAGUUGGAUGGAUGUUGGUGUGUUAACGAUAUUGCAUGAGACUUAUAAUGCAUUGUACAACAUGCUGAUGCUGGAUUGUCGGGGGAUUUAGCUGUUUAUUUUCAGGAAGGCGUGGGAGAUGGAUAUACCGAGAUAUAUAUACCCUAUACUAUACACUCGCUCGAAUAGUAAAACUAGCCUUCCAAGGAGCCCUCUGCCUCCUCUCCGAGAUUGUU